AUGGCUGCCAGAACGUUGCGGAUAGGUCUGAUCCCUGGUGACGGCAUUGGAAGGGAGGUUAUCCCGGCCGGCCGGAAGCUUCUCGAGUCUCUGCCUUCAUCUUUGGGCUUGAAGUUCUCCUUUGUCGACCUCGAUGCCGGUUUCGAUACCUUCAAGCAGACCGGCACUGCUCUCCCGGACAAGACGGUCGAUGUGUUGAAGAAGGAGUGUGACGGUGCGCUGUUUGGUGCGGUCAGCUCCCCCAGCACCAAGGUUGCCGGUUACUCUUCUCCGAUUGUCGCUCUCCGCAAGAAGCUCGACUUGUACGCCAAUGUGCGCCCUGUCCGGACCACCCCUGCCGCUGGCAAUCCCAUCGACCUGGUUAUCGUCCGCGAGAACACUGAGGACCUCUACGUGAAGGAGGAGCGCACGCAUGAUACCCCCAACGGCAAGGUUGCCGAGGCUAUCAAGCGCAUCUCUGAGCGCGCCUCCUCCCGCAUCGCUACUAUGGCCGGUGAGAUUGCGCUGCGCCGUCAGAAGAUCCGCGACACUACUUCCACUCCCUCCGGACGCUCCAAGCCCAUGGUUACCAUCACUCACAAGUCCAACGUCCUGUCGCAGACUGAUGGCCUCUUCCGCGAGACCUCGCGCCAGGCUCUGGCUGCCCAGAAGUUCUCCUCCGUCGAGGUUGAGGAGCAGAUUGUUGAUUCCAUGGUCUACAAGCUCUUCCGCCAGCCCGAGUACUACGAUGUGAUCGUUGCUCCCAACCUGUACGGUGACAUUCUGUCUGACGGUGCUGCCGCCCUGGUUGGUAGCUUGGGUCUCGUCCCCAGUGCCAACGUCGGUGACGGCUUCGCUAUCGGUGAGCCCUGCCACGGCAGUGCUCCCGAUAUCGAGGGCAAGGGCAUCGCCAACCCGAUCGCCACUCUGCGCAGUGUUGCGCUGAUGCUGGAGUUCCUGGGUGAGGAGCCCGCUGCCGCCAAGAUCUACGCGGCCGUUGAUGCCAACCUCGAUGCCGGCGAGUUCCUGUCUCCCGACCUGGGCGGCAAGGCCACCACGCAGCAGGUCCUCGAUGACGUUCUUAAGAGGCUGUAA